AUGAAUUCAUUUGACAAGGAAGAGCUUAGCUAAAUUACUCCUCUUUUAUAAUCCUAAAUCCCUGCUUCUCUUAUCAGCGCUAUUUAAGACUAAAACAAGUCUGCAUCAAAUAAAAAGAAAACUCAAAUUGAUUAAAAAACCAAUAAAAAACUAGAAUCUUAGGCAAUUUUUAGCGAAGGAAACCAUGACGACCAAGAAAUGAGCGAAAGCACAUCUAAAAACAAUGAUUGCAUUUCGUAAAACGAAUAAAAUUUUGUGGACAAAUUAUCUGAAAUAAGAAUUGAAAAUCAAAUUAAAUCGAACGAAUUACUCACUUAAAAAGAAAGCUGCUCUAUUAUAAAUCCUAACUGUGAUUAGCCUACAAUUACAAUUAAAUCAGAUUAACAAUAUCCCAGCUGUUUAAAUCAACUUCAAUAAAAGUACAAGUCCAUCCUUGAUUUUAACGGAAUCACAAGCGAACUUAUUUAAAAUAUCGGAAACGAAAUAAUUAGACUCACUACUGAAUGGCAAGGAAAAAACAUCAACACUUUAAAUAAAUAAUUCCAAAAUUCUGUAAUGAAUUAUUUCCUUGAGUGCUAUGUUUCAGAGCUCCUAGUUGGAGAUUUCUAAGUUGAAUUCAAGCGUGAUGUUUUCAAAUAGCUAACAAGCAAGAUGGAACGUGAGGAAGGUAGCUAGCUUAAGAAGCGCUACAUUACCCUCUUGAACUAUUUCUUAGAGUCUCUUUAGGAGAAAAGAAAAAUUUCUGGCUACGUUGAGCUUUUACUGAACAUUAUUCAUGAAAAUAUCUAAGCUGAAAAAGACACUAUUGAUUAUCAGACUUAGUAUCGUAAGAAAAUGACCGCCUUGCUUUUGUUAGAGCACUGCUUACAUCCUGAUCGUAAAACUAAAUUUACAGACUUUUAUUCUCUUUGGUCUCAUGUCUUUUCUUUUUGCCCACUCAAAAGAAAGAAAUCUAAGACCUCUGAAGGAAAACCUCGCAGAGCCCAAAUUUCUCAUUUGUAAAAUCUGAACAACUCCUAAUCAAAAUAUCUUUCUAAAGUUUAUCAAAAGAACUUAGUCAAUUCUGAAGUAGCCUCUAGCCAAACUUGCGCUGCAUUCAAAGAGAUUCCUUUACUGCCUGCUCUGACAAUAUAGUCUUCCUAAUCUAUGGGGUUGGUUGUUAACUCAGUACCUAAAAAUUCAUUAGAAAAAAAGUUUUUCGAGUCAAUUAAAGAUUCUCUUCCAAAUUCAUAAUAAUCUCUGACCAUGAUCUAGAAAAAUAUAAAAAAGUAAGAAAAUGACAUUUCACCUAAAAUAGUAAGUAGUUCUCUUUCAAACAUAACUCAGAAUUAGCUAGAUCAUCAGCCAUUCGAAGAGAGAAGCAAAGCUUAGAGCAGAGCUACAAUUAGCAACGUAAACACCAACUACGUUCCUAAAAACAUUGGAAUAAAGCACGAAGAUGACUGCUCCAACAGCCUCACUCAAGCCAGCAGUAUUUACAAAUCCCCAAAAACUGCAGAAGGAAAUCUUAUCUAACAAGAAAAAUAAAAAAAUAACAUAAAUUUCGAUUUAUAAAUACCAAGCUUAAAUGCUGCUAACACAUAGUAUGAUUUGCUAAAUCAGGGAAAUUCAAAUAAUAUUUAUGCCCCAGAAUUAAGAAAGCAGAUUAAAACAGGUGAAAUAAAUUAAUCUCAGGUAUUCAUUCCUUAAGCUUCCCUUUAGAUUAGCACUAAUUAAUUACUUUAAUAAUAAUCAUAAUUGUAAUAAACAAAUCCUUUCCUUCAAAAUACUAUUAUGAUGAGUCCUCAACAAUUAAAUUCUUAAUUCUUAAACUAACAAAUCGGAUCUGCAUGCUAGGUUGAUAUGAAUCAAGUACUUUUGCAAAAUAUUUAAAUGUAAUAACUGCAAUAAAAUCCUUAAUUAAUGAAUUAAUUAAAAUAACAAUCAUAAGUAAGUAUUCCUUAAUAACUAUUAAAUAUCAAUUACCCAGUCAAUUUAAGUGUUAUUUCAUAAUAAUAGCAACAGCAAUAAUAACAAAAUUAUUAGAUUAUACAAACUCCACUCUUGCACCAAAUGCCAAAUUUAGUACCAAAUCAAUAAAUUUUUUAAUUUUAACAAUAACUAUAGUAGCAAACUCAACAAUAAUAGUAGUGGCCCUAAUAAUAGCAAACUCCUUAGGUAAUUCACGAUGUAAUUAGCAAUGAAAUUAUAGUCCUCAAUCCAUAAACAAUGUAGUAUGUGAGAUACCAACCAAAAUAAGAAAUGAUGCCCACAAAUCCUUAAAUAAAUACUAUUUCAAUUAAUCAAACACCUCAGUCACUGUUCGAAUCUAUUCAAUCUGGCAUAAUUGGAUAAUAAAGUUCUCCCCAAGAAAACUUUGCGCACAUGCAUUUACAACUCUAAAAGUAACAGCAAUAAUAAAACAUAAAUUAGUUUUAUCAGUGA